AUGCCAGCGCCCACGCUAACGCCAGCGGCGACGACGGAGGCGCCGACAGAGCCGACGGAGGCGCCCGCGCCAGCAGCGACGACGACCGAUGCGGCGGCGCCCACGCCUGCGCCAGCGUCGACGACGGAGGCGCUGACGGAGCCGAUAGAGACGCCCACGCCCGCCGCGACGACGACCGAUGCGGCGGCGCGAACUCCAACGCCAGCGUCGACGACGGAGGCGCUGGCGGAGCCGACAGAGGCGCCCACUUCAGCAGCUACGACGACAGAUGCGCCGGCGCUAACGCCAACGCCAGCGUCGACGACGGAGGCGCUGUCGGAGCCGACAGUGGCGCCCACUUCAGCAGCUACGACGACAGAUGCGCCGGCGCUAACGCCAACGCCAGCGUCGACGACGGAGGCACUGGCGGAGCUGACAGUGGCGCCCACUUCAGCAGCGACGACGACCGAUGCGCUGGCGGCAACGCCAGUGGCGACGACGGAGGCACCGACGGAGCCGAUAGAGGCGCCCACGCCAGCCGCGACGACGACGACCGAUGCGCUGGCGGCAACGCCAGCGGCGACGACGGAGGCACCGACGGAGCCGACCGAGGCGCCCAUGCCAGCCGCGACGACGACCGAUGCGCUGGCGCCAACGCCGACGCCAGCGGCGACGACGGAGGCGCCGACAUUGGAGUCGACAGAGGCGACCACGCCAGCAGCGACGACGACCGAUGCGCCGGUACCCACGCCUGCGCCAGCGGCGACCACGCAGGUGCCGACGGAGUCGACAGAGGCGUCCACGCCAGCAGCGACGACGAGCGAGGCGCCAUCGCCAACGCCGACGCCCGCGGCGACGACGGAGGCGGCCACAACCGAGGCGACAACAUCGGCUCCGACUCCAGCGACAUCAGCACCAACGGUGGAGCUCGUGCAGACUCUGGUGGCGGGCCCGGUGCUGGCAGGAGCAAGAGAGCUGGAGGUCGUGUCCCAGGACGGGUUUGCCGUGGGGGACACCAUCGUGAUCCGCGGUGGACCCGCGGGCCGCCCCCGCGAGCCCGAGGCCGGCCACGCGGGCGGCGGCCUCCCGGGGCUCUUGGGCGCGGCGGCCGUGGUGGCGGGCGGCGCGGGGCCGUCGCAGGGCAAGCCCCCGACCGUCCACGACGCAGGCCCCGAGCCGCGCGACUGCGAGCUCGGCGACGAGUUCGCCGGCGUGUCGCUGGAGCUCGGCCUCGGCAAGCGUGGGCUGCGCGGCCGCGAGCUCAGCGGCGGCGAGGCGCCCUCGCAGGCGCGGCGCGCGGGCGCGGGCCCGCGGACGCUGCCGCCACCCCGCUCCGCGAGCCGCUCGCCCGCCUCCUCGGCCAGCUCGGGCCGCAGCCCGGGGCGGCACGAGCACGAGCCGCUCGGCGCAGCAGCGCCGCUGACGGCCCGGGGCGCGGCCGGGAGCGCGGCCGCCUCGGCGGCCCUGGCGCCCGGGAGCCCGGCCGAGCGCGGGGGCGCCGGGCCGUCCUCGCCGCGCGGCCGCGGCGGCGGCAGCAAGCUGCUGCGCAUCCCGCUGGGCCCCGCCGGCGUGGGCGCCCACGACGGCGGCGCGUCCCCCUGGCGGCCAGUGUCGCCGACCGCCAGCGAGUCCGGGCUCCACCUGGACGCGUACAGCCGCGCGGUGAUGCUCGAGGAGGGGCUGCGCGGGCUGUGCUCGGACGCCCAGGGCUCCGACCACGGCGUGAGCGUCGCCGUCAGCGUGGUGCCCUGGUCCGUGGGCAGCGUCGGGAGCUCGGCGGUCCGCAGGAGGCCCUCGCCGGCGCCCGCGGACCUCCCGGCCGGCUCGUGGAGCUCGCUGAGGAGCACCCAGCGGUCCGUGGACCGCGGCUCUUGUGGCCAGCCCCUGGACCUGCCGGCCAGCCCGUGGAGCUCUCUGCGGUCCAGGGACGAGCCUGUGCCCGUGGAGUGCCUGGAGCUCCCGGCGGUCCCGGCCAGCUCCCAGCCGGUGCGGUACAAGGUGGCGCUCUGA